UCAUACUCGCCAAACUUGUCAAUAUGGUUACUGUUGAUAGCCUGUUAAACUACGCAUGAGGAAGUGUUCGAGUAUCAAAACGCCCCGCUAAGUUUAAGGAUUUUGGAACUUUAUAACAUCGAAGUUUGUCUUUCCAAAGCUGCUACGUAAGUUGGGCGAAAAGAUAUAUCUUGAAUCACCUUUCCUUGUUGAAAGAUCUGGCUAGAAGAGCGGCUGGAGAGUUGCUUUUUAAAGUAAACAUAUAGCAACUCGCGAGAACUCUAUUAGGAACGACAAAAGUCAUUCAGGGGAAAAUGCGAAGAAGUUUUUACAUCUAUGUUCUGUUUGCCGUGAGUUUUCGUGGAUUUUGUGGCUGUAUAAGCAAGGAAGUUCUUGAAAAUCCACAUCGAAGGCUUGAUUUCAGAGCUGGAAUAUUUUCAAGCAUUCAAGGCUAUGCAAUAAGUUUGGUAUUCAAGACUCUUCAAGUAUUCGACGCAUUUGCAUGUGUGUUAGCAUGUCUCAGGGAACCCAGAUGCCAAUCAGUCAACUUUGGUACCUCAGGACAUCCCAAGCACCUCUGCGAGCUCAGUCAAAAGAACUUUGAUUCCAGGCCUUCCUGUAAAGUGCCGAGGUCAGAGUUUAUUCAUUAUUCUCCUUUCCAGACUCAACCUGUCAUUCCUGAUGACCCGUGCAAACACGUAUCGUGUAAGAAUGGAGCGACUUGUGAACCAGCUUGUGUUGAACCAGGCUUCCGAUGUAAAUGUGGAACAUUCAACACAGGUCAAUACUGCCAGUUAUGGACCGUUAAUAUCUUAUCUUGCAAAGACAUUUUCAGCAAAACAAGCUAUCGUACGGACAAGACCUACACGUACAUGAUCGACAACAAACAAACAGAUAUCUAUUGUCAUUUGUCAAGCGAUCUGUGCGGAAGCAGGGGAUGGACGCUGGCCAUGAAAACUGACGGUUCAAAGAACACAUUCAUUUUCUCGUCAGCCUUGUGGUCAGACAAGAAGGCGUAUAAUUUAUCAGCAGGUAAAACCGGUUUCGACAAUCACGAAACCAAGAUGUCCAGCUACUGGGCUAUGCCUUUCCAGAGCUUGUGUGUUGGUGUAAAAGUCGGGAACAACUUGAACUGGGCUCUCAUUCCUUACCCAGCUUCUUCCUUGUAUGACGUCAUUGCUGAUGGAAGUCGACGCACUUUCACUAUUGGUCGAAACAAAUGGCUGUCUCUUAUUGGUGGAUCCUCCUUACAGCCAUAUUGUAAUAUUGAAGGUUUUAAUAACGUACUUGCAGUAAGAAUUGGCAUUAGAUCGAACAAUGAAAACAACUGCAAUUCACCGGAUAGUGCGAUCGGUUUUGGACUUCCGUGGAGCGGUUUGACAUGUGGGAAUCGCUGUAGAAUAAGUUGUAGUAAGGGAGAUAAAGACGUAGUGGCGUUUGGAUACAUCUUAAUCAAGUAAACUAUUCCAGCUGAGAUAACCUUCAGAGUGAAUUACCGACAGCCCUCAGAACUCAGGAGUCGACAUUGUAUUUUGAUUAGCAUUUCCCAUGACUGGGCUACCUGUGUACUAAUUAGAAAUAUUUACCUUGUAUGUUAUACAUAAACAUGAAAAACUCAAUAAUAUAACCUUAAAAUAAACUGAAAGAUCUACAGGACCUCUGAGUACUGCAAGGACUACGUGGAAACGAAGCACCUUCCAAUUUAUUUAUAGGAAAAAAUUAACCAAAAAGUAACUCUACUCUACUCACAUACAACACUAGACCAAGUCCGAAAAUGUAUUAUGUUGAAAACAUGUGCCGUAAAAUAUUAGUUUAAUAUAACUAGAACUUCAUCGAAUUAAACAACGAAGGACAA